AUAUGAUCAAAGUCCGCUUCAAUAAAUUGGUUGGGUAAAUUUUCUUUUUUGGUGACUGACAGAUUUUUUUUUUGUGUGGGGACAGACAACAUCUGAGAUUGAGUUUAUAUGGUGGAUAUGGAUAUGAUGACGACAAUUGUAUUCUUAGAUAUUAAAAUUGAUGAUGAGAUUCAACCUCGUAUAAAGAUUGAAUUAUUCACCAAAGAUCUUCCCAAGACGACGGAGAAUUUCAGACAAUUCUGUACUGGUGAAUAUCAAGACCAUGGUAAACCAAUAGGAUAUAAGAAUAGUCCCAUUCAUCGAAUCAUAUCAGGAUUCAUGAUUCAAGGUGGAGAUUUCAUUCGAGGGAAUGGAUUAGGAUCGAAAUGUAUAUUUGGAUCGGAUACGUUUCCCGAUGAAGGAUUCCCCUAUGAUCAUAAGAAAUAUAGUCUAUCUAUGGCUAAUUCAGGUCCUAAUUCAAAUGGAUGUCAAUUUUUCAUAGUUACUGAUGAUGCUCCACAUUUAGAUGGGAAACAUGUUGUAUUUGGGAAAGUUAUAGCUGGAUUUGAAACGAUUGAUAAAUUAGAUAAAGUGAAAGUUGAUCAAAAUGAUAAACCAAAAUCGACUAUAAUUAUAAGUGAAUGUGGAGAGAUGUGAUAUACAAGUGGUAGUACUUAGAGAAUUACGAAAAGGAAACGAUAUAUACGAAGAUGAUAGAUAUAUAGUUUUUAGUUACUAUUAUUAGAAAAAGGUUACAGUUUUAGAUCAAACAUAUAAAUGAAACCCGGGGUAUGCAUCGGCAUUCAAUAUACUCAAUAUCACAUGAAUGAAUCAUACUUAAAACUGAUAUAGUUAGAAUGAUCUGAACACAAUUAUAUCCUAAUUAUACAACAAUUAUAUAAGAAACAGGUUAAAUUAUAUUCAAUUAUAACCAAUUAUACAAUGGUUAUAAUCAAAUUAUAAUUAAGUAUAAUCAGAAAACAUCAAAUA